CUGAAUGCAGCCGAGAAAAAACAUAGCGAGCUCCAGGCCGAGGUUGACACUCUGAAGAAGGCGAAGAGGAAGGCUUGCCGGGCUGCCAACAACGCGGGUUUCAACGAGGCCGAGAAGAAUUACCAGAAGCAAGUCUUUGCAACACAAGACAUAUAUUUCAAGGCUGGCUGGAAAUCCGCUUGCGAACAGCUCGGCCAGGGCUCUGACACCGACGUUUUUGCCAAUCCUCCCAAAGCUUCACUACCGGUCUAUCUCGUGCCAUAUGCCAACGAUGUUUUCAGCGCUUUACAGACUGAGGCCGAGGAGGGACUUGAAGAUGGGGACGGGGAGACAAAUUCUGAGGAAGAGGCCGAGGUGCAAGAGCAGCCCGGCAAUGAGGAGCCCGGUGAACAAGAUACCGGUACAACCGUUGACCUUGAAGCCGGCGAGGACGAAUUCACUCAUCUAUCCCCUCUAGUUUAAUUUUCUUCUAUUUUGUAUUUUUGCUUUCAACACUGCUGAUGUAACCGGGCUUGGUCCCCACUUUUUGUAAUGAAUUUCUUAUCAAUGAAAAUUCAAAUUUUUGCAAGUGUAUGCACGGUUGUAAUCAGUUCUGUCUUCAGCAAAACAUCUCGGUAUAACUCAUCGAACCGGAAUACAUAACACGGUCUAAGUACUUCAGCAGAACAAGACCAAUUCAUGAACCGAAAUAGCCAUCUCGGCUGUAACAAAGUUGAACAAAUCAACACUUCCAACCGGAGUACACCAUCUCGAUUGGGAAUCCUAAGUUGGACAAGACACCAACGCUUCCAACCGGAGUACAACAUCUCGGUUGGGAA